AUGCCUGGUGUCAUUCAAACCAACGGCGAAGCCUCCGGUUCCCACCAGAAGAGCAAAUCCAUUACCCUCUCUCAAAUCCAAGUCUCUCGCUAUGACAACCUGGCCGAGGCCUUCGCCAACACUGUCAAGAUUACUUCCGAUCUCAAGCGCAAAGUGAACAACGUCAAGAAUCUUGACAAGGAGCUGGAUGAGAAGGAGUCCGUUCUCGAUAAGAAUCUUCGUGUCUCUUCCACCAUGCCUGUCGCCCUCGCCCUAGAGGAUGCCUCCCGGGCUCUCGCCGACUUCGAGACCACUGAUAUGCUUGGCGAAACCCUCAAGCAUGGCCUCCCUAAGGAGAUUGCGGGUAUCACGGCUUUCGACAUUGCGCAAAUUCAGAAGAAGCUGGCCGAGAAGCGCAAUCUCCAACUCAACAGUCUCUAUGCUCAGUUCCUACGCUGUCCUGCUGACAAGUACCUGGAGCAGUACGUGCCUCGCACCACUCAAUGCCCCAAGCCUACGCGCGUCAAGACGGAGCUGCGCGAAGCCAUCGCUCAAAAGACUGCCAUCGCUGUCAAGGAGGCUCAGCGCGAAGUCCUGAGCAAGUACUCUGGCAAGGAUGAGCUGCAGCACGUUAUGGACCGAUACGAGCAAAUCUGCGCAGAAGCUGUUGCGGAUGACAGGAUCAUUGCCAAGCAGCUCGGCAACACCUACGAAGUCCUCCAGGCUCGCACCGACGGCGAGCCCAUGGCCAAGCUCAGCGGAAAGCCCUCUUUGGCCGAUGUGAAGGCCCUCGUCAGCAAGAUCAAGAUUGCCAGAACUGAAGCCAUCAAAACCGAGAAGCAGACGCAGGAGGCUCUCAAGAAGACUCAUCAGAACGAGAUGGCUGCGAAGUAUCAGACUGCUCUCUCACACCGAAAGGCUCGUGAUGCCUGA